CGUCCAUUGCUGAAGGAGAUGGGUCGAGUGGUGUGGGUGAAUAGGCGAGCAGUAUGGUGCAGUAGUAAUGUGUGGUAGUGCGGAGUGGGAUGUGUGGUGUUUGGAGAGCGGAGUCGAGGAUGUCAGGUGAGCGGGUGAGGGGGCGGGCGGAAGAUGAUGGGAUAGCCCAGCUGAGGAGAGCGGGUAGCGGCAAUGAAUAUCAGUUGGAUACCACCACAGCACAGCACAGCAGUCGGACAAGGCAAGUGCCGUCGGUCGCCCAGGCCGAAACAAAGUAAGGACAAGGUCGAAUUAUUUUUUCCGUGCCGGGAGAUAGGAG